AGCAGGCAUGCUGUGCCCCAAGGCUUUGACUCAGGUGCUCAGCCAAGCCAACACUGGAGGCGUCCAGAGCACCCUGCUACUGCAUAACGAAGGAUCGCUGCUGGCCUAUUCAAGAUAUGGUGACACAGACCUCAGGGUCACUGCAGCCAUUGCCAGUAACAUCUGGGCCGCCUACGACCAGAAUGGGAACCAGGCAUUUAAUGAAGACUGCAUGGAGGGCCAUGUAGCCAUCACCCGCAUGGCCAACCUUCUGCUGUGUAUGCAUGCCAAGGAGACCGUGGACUUCGGAAUGCUCAAGGCCAAGGCCCAGGCCUUGGUGCAGUACCUGGAGCAGCCCCUCACCCAAGUUGCUGCAUCAUAGUGGACACCACUGGUUGGAGCCCAGAGAGAACAUUGUGCAUUGUGGAGGACAAGACUGUGGAG